GAGCUGGAGUGCCAAUGCCUGGAGCGUGCUGGUGGAGAUCUUGGCUGGGCUCGUGGGGGAGGGCGUCCCGGGGACUUGGGCCUGGAUCGCGGCGCAGCCCGCCGGGGAGAUUCUGGCCUGGAUCGGGGCGGGGGCCUUCCGGGAGAAUUCUGCCUGGAUCGUGGCGGUCUUCGUGGGGAUUCUGACGGGGAUCACGGAGGAGGUCGCCCUGGAGAUUGUGGCCCGGGUCGCGGCGCCGAUCGCCGUGGAAAUUUUGGCCUGGAUCGUGGUACCCCCCGGGGGAGGGCCCCGGGAGGAGGCGACCCGCGGGGCGCUGGAGGAGACGGUCAUCGGGACUAUGGAGGUGGUCUUCGGGACGCUGGAGGCGAUCAUCGGGGCGCUCUUCGGAGCGCUGGAGGUGAUCUUCGGGGCGCCGGCGAGCUUCAGGGCGCCCCUCGGAACGACGGCGAUCUUCGGGACGCCGGCGAUCUUCGGGGCGCUGGCGAUCUUCGGGACGAUGGCGACCUUCGGGGUGCUGGCGUUCGCCGGGAC